AUGAGUAGCUUUGCACCGUAUGUCGUCCCACACACUGCAAAAGCGAUUUUAGGACGCCGCCGUAGUUGUAGCCGUGGCGGCAGAAGUAGCAGCGAAAGGAGUAGGAACACAAACGACUCGUACACGAAUAAAGUAGAAGGAGCACAGCCAAGCCCUUCUUUCGAGCUGCUGCGCACGGGGACUCGGCGGAUAAGGCAACUGUUGCGCCGGGGCCGAAACAGAAAAAGGGAAAAUUCUGUUUUGGCAACUGCUAUUGUUACUGCUGAAGCUCGCAGCGAGACUAGCAGCAAAUUGGAUGGUCCAAGCAACAGACAGAGACGCCUUCUAUGCAAGGGCUCAACGGAAAUUCUCAAUUCUCUGACCAGCCACUGUUCGGCCGUAGCUGACACAUCUUCUGCCCGUAGUGAUGAUGCAUCACCACUGGCAAGAUAUGAGAGUCGCCAGAACAGUAGAGGUGGCAGUAGCUUCCAUAGCGCACAUUCACCUGGAGACCCGGUGGCCGACUCAAAAGCCGCUGCCUCUUCUGUUCGAAUGCAUCUAGGCAUAAAGGCAGACUGCCACAGUGCUGCCAAUAGGACUGCUGCAGCCGCUGAUGAAGACACUCGAGUGCUCCAUAAGAGGCCUCCGGUGCCGUCUCCCAAAGGCGUGAUGCCGUCUAGACAACCACUACAAAGCAGCAAGGGCAUCUUGGCUGAUACGGCCACAACAGCAGCAACUGACGAAAUAGACGCAUCGGUGCACCUGCAGGAGCACCCUCCACAGCGGCAACGCUUGCACCAUCUUCACGUCUGCUCCUGUGCAUCUGAUAGGGACCAUCAAAAACAAGCAGCACCACCACCUGCAGAGGCUGGUGCCGUCAAUGUGGCUGGUGUUGUGACACUUGCACCUCCCACAUGCACAUCAGCUCCAGUAGCGGGCAAAAGUUCCAGAUCAGAUAUGCCGCAGCUUGGUUGUGAGCAGCACUCGAGGACCCCCGUUGAAACUAUCUCAGCUACAACAUCAAUGGAACAGAUAACUACGCAAAUGUGCCACUGUUGGCAACUGCAAAAUCAACAGCAGCAGCUUCAGAAGCUGCAGAAAUCCAACCAUGCUACCGAAAUCCCAGAGGUGCCACGCAGUGGGCUUUGUAGCAGCCGUAGCGGUAGUAGCAUCAGAGGUAGCAGUAGCACAGUGGAACCAAGUUGCCCGACUGCUGCACUUCGGCUCAAGAUCUGCAUGCGGCUGCGAGAGCAGGCGCUGCUGUUGCAGCAGCUAGAGGAGAGGCGGCUCCUGACGCAGCAGUUGCUGAAUGCAAGGCGUCGCGCCAAAAAGUUGCAUUGCCUUUGUAGCUGCUGCACAAAGAGCGAAGCUCAUCAAUCACUGGGUACAGUUGGCAGGGAAACAGGGUCUCAUUGUGAAAUUGUAUGUGUGGCAGCAGCAGCUGACGCCGCGGUGUAUCUUCCGACUACAUCCAGGGUAGUGGGGCUCACCAAAGUGCCUGGAGAUCAAGCACCCCGGCAAAAUCAUAAGGGAAUGUUGAAUUUUCAGAAACAAGACGGACAACCGGAUCAAGGCGCUGCCUGUUGCGCACCUCGGCAAAUGCGAGCUGAGCGCCAAUUGUGUGUAGUAGCAGCGCAUGGAGCGUAUUGCACCCUUUCGCAUCAACAAAGCCCGAAACCUCUGGGGGAUUGCGCGAUACUCACAGCAUCGAGACCUGCGUCACAAGCAAAAUCUGCCUCAAGAGUUCUGCAAGAAGAAAGAGCUUCUUUUAUCAGUCUUCCUUCGACGGGUAAGCUCGAGCCCUCUUCAGCAGAUGAGGAAGUCCCGUCUUAUGCAGCUGUUGCCACUGCAUCCGGAAAACAGCAGCAAUCUUCGCCCAAGCAGGAUCCUACCGGGGCUUUUGAUGACUCAGCCGCAACCGAAGGGGGCGCCGUUCUGGGUGCCAGCGCAACAGAAACAGCACGUGUUGCACCCAAUGACCCUGCUGUCGCCAGUGCAUCCUUGAAUGCAACAAGAGCCCACGUGACAGCACACGGCAGCAGCUUUGCCCAACAAAAAAGCCCGGGGUGCAUUUGCCGGUGCCGCUGCGGAGUACUGAAGCAGCGGCAAGUCUUCGCUUUGCCUGGAGAGACAAUACAGCUAGUACGGGACGCCACAGCUGCAAGCGCAUCAGCAGCAGAAGCAGCAUCUCUUGGCACGCUGAGUUCGAAGGACAGGCUUCGCCCCAGGCGGGCGCUGCCCCAGCCUCUCCACUCGCCAAAGCAGUAUCAUAAUGCGGGAGUGUUAUGGAGUUUAUUGCAGCAUGAGCUGCAGCAGGAAUUGCAGCAGCACAAGCAAUUAUCGCUCACUGGGCAUACAAGCCGCCAGUCGGCAGCAUCGGCAGAAGCUGUUCGGCAGGCUCUGCAGCUUGUUAAGAGUGCUGAACAGGCGCUGCUGUGCUCCACAAAAGGUCCCACAUUAAUGCGGGAAAGCUCUCAAGGUAGGAACAGCGGAAGCAGCAGCAAUCAUGCUCCGCUUCCGGCAGCUUCAAGCACCGUGGCUCCUCAGCUAGAAGCCGCUCCUUUAUUUGUGAAGACGGAGCUACAAGAAGAGCAGUCUCACACGUACACUUCUCAAAAGCUAUCUGCCAAACAGAAGAGCCUAAAAGCAUGUAGAAGCGGUGGAGCAAUGAGCAUUAAGGUGCCUUGUGCUACAAGCUGCACCGCCAUUAAGCGUGGCGCUGAUUCAGCACAUGUGCUGCCUCCUAUCUGGUCAGCAAACCCGCAAUGCGAUCCACCACAGAUAUCGCCUAGAAUCUUGGAGGAGCCAGCUGCUCCCCAGCCACUGCGGUUGAGGAAGAAUAGGCCUCGUUUAAUGGGAUAUGGGGAAGAGAAAGCCUUGUGUUCAAAGCCUGAAGCUCCAUGGGCCACGCAAGAAGUCCCCGAAGCAACCGUACAUAUUGGCACGGCCACAGAAACAAGGAUUGUGCCAGGAGGGGGGCAGCUUCCCUAUCAACACCGCCAGCCCACGCUUCAAAAGCCGGCUCAAACAUGCCCUUUAUUGCGACUGCCCGUGAUGAACAGCUUCGGCGCUCGGUCAGCGGAGCGACUUGCUGGCAGCGCGUCUCCUGAUCCACUCUCAGCGGAAAGUUUGAUCAGGACCACGGAACCAUGCGGUGCAACAAUUAGCCACACCGACCUGUCCUGCUGCACUCUCUUACCCAGCAGUAGCAACAGCAGCAGAAUCGGAAGCCUUGUAGCGACUACAGUGACAGAGGCUCACUCACCAAGGCAGCCUCAGAACCAUCAACAACAGCAGCAAGUCCUAACAAAUGAACAGCAGCCGACUAGCCGCAUGCGUGCAUCCACGACUUCCCAUGGGCGGAGUCCUCAGACACAGCUGCCGCAAUACGUGAAGAGGUCACAGCAACAGCAGCACCUCAAGCAGCCUUCAGUGGCAGCAGCUGCUUCUUUGGAUGACUCUGCAGGUGCUAGCAAACUGCCACGACUGCCAGCAGACCCCGUCGCAAAAACGCUCCAAUGCCAACGAAAGGAAUGGGAGCAUCAGGACAGUGCUGGCAUUGUGAAGGCUCUAAGCAGCCCGAAUGCUGGUAGUAUGCAUGGAAAGAAAGACAAAAGCAAGUUUGCAGCUGCACCACGGCGUCGGCUGGAGUGCCGGCAGCAGCAGCCGCAGACGCAGCAGCAGAGCUCUCAGGAUGAACUCUGGCGUUGUGUGGCGGGGAGUCACGAUAUUGGAGAAGGCUCACAGAAGGGUGGGAGGCAUCAGCACGACCCAGCUCGGCUUGGAGAUGGCGACGACAUGGCCGAUGCUCCAGUAGCAGGCACAGCAGCAGGAGCAGCAUCGGUAGGAAUACAGCACGAUCUCGGGCAGCAGAGGACGGCUCAUUGGGGUCAGUGGAGAGGCAGACUAGGGAGCCGUAUGGCCAUGAAGGACUCAAGCACUCGCACACGGAGAGCUGGCUGUGGCGCUGUAAAGUGCACUAAUGCACUACAAGCUGUAUGCUUGCAGGCUGGCCUGGAGCUAAGAAGCGCCGGUCUCUAG